UUGGUGUCAAUGAUGGCGGCGGCUGCAGUAGUGGCCCCGCAGGCCGAAGCCUCGGAGUCGUGGUACUUGGCUCUACUAGGUUUUGCCGAACACUUUCGCACGUCCAGUCCACCUAAGAUCCGGCUUUGUGUCCACUGUCUGCAAACUGUCUUCCAGUUCAAGCCGCCGCAGCGCAUUGAGGCGCGGACUCACCUGCAACUAGGCUCAGUGUUGUAUCACCACACUAAGAAUAGUGAGCUGGCCCGCCAGCACCUCGAGAAAGCGUGGUUAAUCUCACAACAAAUUCCACAGUUUGAAGAUGUUAAGUUUGAAGCCGCAAGCCUUCUUUCAGAGCUAUAUUGUCAGGAGAACUCUGUAGAUGCUGCUAAACCUCUUCUACGUAAAGCUAUUCAGAUUUCCCAGCAGACCCCUUACUGGCAUUGUCGACUACUGUUCCAGCUUGCACAACUGCAUACUCUAGAAAAAGAUUUGGUUUCAGCAUGCGACCUGCUUGGAGUAGGGGCAGAGUAUGCACGGGUUGUAGGCUCAGAAUAUACAAGGGCGUUGUUCUUGCUGAGCAAAGGAAUGCUUCUUUUGAUGGAGAGGAAGCUUCAGGAAGUCCACCCCCUGCUCACACUGUGCGGUCAGAUUGUGGAGAACUGGCAGGGUAACCCCAUCCAAAAGGAGUCCCUACGAGUCUUCUUUCUGGUGCUGCAGGUCACGCAUUAUCUAGAUGCAGGACAGGUAAAAAGUGUAAAGCCAUGCCUCAAACAACUACAGCAAUGCAUUCAAACUAUUUCAACUCUUCAUGACGACGAAAUUCUGCCCAGCAACCCAGCUGACUUAUUUCACUGGCUGCCUAAAGAGCACAUGUGUGUUCUUGUUUACCUGGUCACAGUCAUGCACUCUAUGCAAGCAGGGUACCUGGAAAAGGCCCAGAAAUAUACAGACAAGGCUCUUAUGCAACUGGAGAAGCUCAAGAUGUUGGACAGUAGCCCCAUCCUCUCAUCUUUCCAGGUCAUCCUUUUAGAGCACAUAAUCAUGUGUCGCUUGGUCACAGGGCACAAAGCAACAGCCUUACAAGAGAUAUCUCAAGUCUGUCAGCUGUGUCAGCAGUCUCCCCGUCUGUUUUCUAACCAUGCAGCCCAACUACACACAUUACUAGGUUUAUACUGUAUAUCUGUAAAUUGCAUGGAUAAUGCUGAAGCACAAUUCACAACAGCUCUUAGGCUCACCACUCACCAGGAAUUAUGGACAUUUAUUGUGACUAAUCUGGCAAGCGUUUACAUACGGGAGGGCAACAGACAUCAGGAGCUUUAUAGUUUACUUGAAAGAAUAAACCCGGAUCACAACUUUCCAGUGAGCUCUCACUGUCUCCGUGCUGCUGCCUUCUACAUACGUGGUCUCUUCUCAUUUUUCCAAGGCAGAUACAAUGAAGCAAAGAGGUUCCUGCGUGAAACUUUAAAAAUGUCCAAUGCUGAGGAUCUCAAUCGGCUAACGGCAUGCUCCCUUGUGCUUCUAGGUCACAUAUUCUAUGUUCUGGGAAACCACAGGGAGAGUAAUAAUAUGGUUGUACCAGCGAUGCAACUAGCCAGUAAGAUUCCAGACAUGUCUGUUCAGUUGUGGUCCUCUGCUUUACUGAGAGAUCUGAACAAGGCCUGUGGAAAUACUAUUGAUGCACACGAAGCAGCACAGAUGCACCAGAACUUCUCCCAGCAACUGCUUCAGGAUCACAUUGAAGCAUGCAGUCUUCCUGAACACAAUCUUAUCACGUGGACUGAUGGUUCGCCACCUGUACAGUUUCAAGCUCAAAAUGGACCCACAACCAGCCUGGCUAGCCUUUUGUGAAAACAAAAACCCCUUUGAAAUCCCAACAUAUCCCAACAGACCUGUCCCAGACUCAACCCUUCAAUGCUCUGACAAAUUAAGAGCUUAUGAGCACCUUUGGCACAGUUAAAGGAUUGGGGUGUUGUCAUAUCAAGCAAUGGAUAGCGAGGAAUACCGUUUCCAGGUCCCAAUAGCCAUCCAUAUGCAGGAUGUAAUGGAAUUUCUAAGGGGUGGCUUUCAGAGACUCCUAAUAUCGGUGACUGAGCUGCCUGCCGGGAAAUAUUAAUGCACAUAGUUCUCCACACAAUAUGCUGGAUUAUUCUCCAAGCCCAUGGUGCAUUGAAAAGGGUACAAAUUCUCUACAAUACAGAAGGGACUUGAUGCGAAAAGGACAUGCACCAGAUCACCCUUCUGUAUUAUACUUAACCUACUCUUCUUUUUUGUGUCCCUAUAGGAAGACCUCUUCUGACCCACCGUCUAAUAAAUUUCAGAGACAGGCGUUUUUUUAGCUGAUUUUAUAUGCAUAAAUAUAAAUAUAUAUAUAAAAUACUUAAAUUUAUUGAUAUUUAGACUUUUAUAAGCACAGGCAUAUACGGUUUUGUGGCGGCUAAAGCCCCCUUCCUUAAUAUUCCUUACCUCCUGGAACUGUAAGUCAUUUUUGCAUGGGAUGAGAUUUUGCUACAAGACUAUUUUUCAUUUCUGAAGGUCAAUAAAGGCCCUUUUCAACCAUGUGUGAAUUAAAAACUAAUUGUAUGCAGUCUUUCCCUUACCCCUUUGACCACAGAAAAUUGUGCUGCCCAUGAAAGAGAUCAUACCCAGUGUAGUAGUAUAGACCACAGUGUAUUUCAUAAACUAAAUUGAGGCCUUUUAACAUGAUCUGGAUAGAGUUUUAAAUUAUUGUAAUUAGCACGUUUACAUUUAAGGAUUGCCACCUGAAUAUUUUUGAAGCCCUUAAUGUCCUCUCAUAUUACUGUUACUUUAUUUUUUGUUUUGUCAAUACUAAACUUCUCUAAGGAGGCAAGCUUUCAUACUCCAAUGUGAAACAGGUAAUGUUAUUUUGUUUAUAUUGGUUCUUAUUUUAUUAUAAUAUUUUUUGAAAACGGAGUAAUUUAUUUGUUUUUCCCUGUAUUAAAAAUGGUGCCAUAAAUUCUACCUUUUACUUAACUGAAUUGAUAUUUUGAACAGAAUCAUGUGGAUGUGAUGGUUUGCCUGUCAAUGAGGGUAUUUUAAACAUGAUGAUUAUUAAAGCUUUUGGGGCUAAAAUGAUGUACUACAAAGGGCCUGCCCUACAUUAUGGCUGAAUAUGGCAGUGUUUCUCUAUUACAGUACUCAAAUACCCCAAAUAGUCCAGAUUUUCAUAUCAUCAUAAUUAGCGCUCAGAUUAAAUCAGCUCUAGAUGAGAUAUCAUGAAACUCUGGCCUGUUAGGGGUACUUGAUUUCUGGAGUUGAGAAACAGUGGAAUAUGGCAUUGAAAGGGUUAAGUAGUAUGACAUUUAAUCAUCAAUAAUUUCAAGGCAGCAUUAAAUAUACAAUGAUUUGUGUAAGAGAAAGGAGAGAAGACAUCCAAAAAUAUGAUAUGGGUAAAGCCUACUGAAUAGUUAAAAAGAACCCGCUAACCAGAAGUGACACAAUCCUGCAUAUAUGUAGGUGACGGUCUCCUAACAUUAAACCACUAAAUCCAUUUUUAUUUUUUAAAACAACAAAUACUCAUUACUUCAUAUCAUAGUGCGCUAGUUAGUUUCUAUAGCCAAAGAGAAUCCACCAUACACAUUGUGCCUUACCGGUACACUCACAUAACUUAAAAUGUAUUUUUUACUAUUAUUUAAAAAGGUUAAUAGUUUAUAGGGUUUAAUGUUUUUUUUAAGAAAUUCAACUUGAUCUGUGCAGUCUGGUGCACAUUUCCAUACUAAGUACGUGCUUUCUUCAGUCCCUUUCUUCAAGCUAGUCUUACAAAUAGCAAACCAUCUUAUUUUGUACGGUUUGAAAAUAUUUAAGAGCAGCACUUUUACUUUUUCUAGAUAGGUUACUUUAAAGGGAUAGAAAAGUAAAAAAUUUGAAAUAAAAGCAUUUUUGCAAUAUAUUUCCAUCAGCAAAAAUGCAUCUAAUAAAAGUUAUUACUGGUUUUCUUCAGCAUACCACAUAUCCUGUGAGGGUCUGUUCACCAGUGUUCAAACACCACAGAGGAUCAGCAGUAGCUUGUAUGACAACAAUUACGUCUUCAGAAGCAAUACACAGUAUCUGAGCAUGCAUACUGGUGCAUGGGCCCUCCAAGGAUAUGAGUGUAUGCUGCAGUAAUACCUUUUUAUUAGAAGCAUUUUUGCUAAAUGAAGUAUACUUCAAAAAUGUUUCUAUUUUCAAAUUUAAAUGCACAUAUGCUCAUUUCAUUUUUGACCUUUCUAUCCCUUUGAGGCUUUUUUUUGUGGUCCUACAUCUCUUCAUUUAUUAUCAGAUGGGAAAAGUCUCUGUUCCAUCUGGCAGUGCAAAUACUACUUAGAGGUUUGCAUGAUUCCUAUAUCUAAUUAGACAUGCCAAGCACUAUUUAAAAAAGUGUGUUUUUGGAAGACUUUUUUUAUUUUUUGUUAAAUAAAGAUGCUGUUGAUACUUGUUCUUAUUUUACUUGUGUCCUCCUACCUCUAUUUGUCAUUGAUUUCAAGACUUUAGGUGCCUUGUAGCAAAAUCUCUUACACUAUGCAUUGCUAGAUGUACAGUCAUUAUAAAAAACACUGUAGAUAAAACUGAGGAACCGUUUUGAAUUAGAAGCCACCUGAAACCAGUUACAGGAGGAAAACCACUAAAAAAAAGCUUAAGGAACUAUUUAUAUGUAAAUUAAUAUUAAACUCCUUUUCCCUUCUUUUAACACUCUCAAACCACUGAUUGCCAGAGAAAUCUGCAAUGCAUUGGAAGUUAAGUGGUUAAGAGUAAAACCUUUAGUGUUGAAACAAAAAGGUUUGCAAGAUUCCUCUAUUCCCCACAGAUCAUUUUUUGUACAGUUUUUUUAUAUUUUCAAUAUAUUUGUAUAUAUAUAUAUAUUUGAUCAUACAUGUAUAUUUAUUUAUGACUUCUUGUCUGUUCCCAAAUGAGCAUAACCAAGAGCAUUUAUAAGUUUGCUCUUUAAACGUUGCAACUUUUUCUUCACAUAACUGUCAGGCAGUGCCUUGAUAAAGGGUUCUUUGCCUAUACAAGGGCUAGUGUUCUCUGUGCUGGCUAUGCUUAUAACACACCCUUGUUUUUCUGUAUUCUUACAACAAACAUGCAUCCUUAAUAUUUUAGCCACAUUCUAAUUUAUUGCAAGUGAUCGGCAUCACUGUUAAAAAAAAUCAAAUAAAAAAAAUACGUUUAUUGGCUGAAGAUUUUCCUCCUGCAUCAUUUUUUUAUUUUAUUUUUUAUAAAGGAAACUAGUAUGACACAUCUAUUUUUAGAGCAGGAACAGGAAAACUGACCCCAAUAUUUUUUAGCAGAAUAGUUUUAUUCUGCAACCAGUUUUCAAAAUCUUACAGCCAUUUAAUUUACUGUCUAGAUCAGAUUUUUUUUAUUUAUUUUGUUACUGAUAUUUUUAAAAAAAAAUUAUGUUAAUUCAUUUAUUAGAAAUAAUAAUAGGGAUACAUUUUUAAUUUAGUUGAAUUCACUAGACCAUACUUUUUUUUUCCAACUGCUAUUUUCUAGAACCCCAGUCUUUACAGUCCUAUAGAUAACCAAAGUAAUACCAAUAUUUUUAUGUGAAUUGAUUAUGUGCAAAGACCUGGACACAUACCCGACCCCUGAUUAAGAAAAGCAAAAUGCAUAUUACAUUUUGCUUGAAAUAAGUUCAGCUAUUUGCUUAAAUAGUUCAGUUUUUUGGGGGGGGUUUCUUUAACAAUUGUUUAACAUCAUAUUUUUCAGACUUUACACAAAUUGUUAUUUUUAAGCCACUAUGCAAAAUAAAAUACUGUUAAGCUAAAGAGGAAAAUAAAUAUUUUAAGGACCUACAAUUGUUGGUUUGAUUUGUGCAUUGGCAGUGAUAUAUUUUUCAUUUUGCAGUCUGACUGCUUGACUUGGAGUUAAAAACUCAUUACACCACCAUCUGAUAAAAUUAAAGUGGGUUUCCAAUAUAUUUUCAGAACUAUACAGAUUUGCUUAAAUAUACAAAAUUCAUUAAAAUACAAAAUCGGUUUGUUUCUCCUGGAGAGAUUAAAGCCUAAAUCGCUUGUGCAUAAAGCAAUGGGAACCUUUUUAAGCACCAAUGAAACUUUUUGUAGUAGUUAGUGGAUGAUUUGUCUUUUGAGCACUGAAAUAUAGAGAAUAUUGGAAGCUGAUCUUUAUUCAAUGUUCCACAAGACCUACUCCACUGAGCUGAACCACCUUAUUCAUAUUCUUUGAUACUCCUUGGAGAUCAUAUAAGCAAUACAAAUUAAGCUUCAUUGUUUAGAACACAUUCUUUGGCGUUAAUAUUUGUAAGAACAGUGCACAUAUACUUUAAAAUAUGCGCUAAAUAUCUAUUUGAUAUUGAAGAAACUACAGAAAUUAUUUCCAAAAAUGACUAUUGCAUUGAAAAAAAUAUAAAAACGGUAAAGAAACUAUCAUUUUUAAUUUGGUAUAUGCUAAAAUGAUCGCUCAAUUUUUUUAAUGGGUGUGGGCUAAUGUCAAUUUUUCUUUAUGUUUAAAAGAGAAUAUUAACCCUUUCAUUGCUUGCAGACCACUAGUUACCCAUUUCUAUUUAACAAGGUUAAACUUCAUUAGAUGUCAUAUUUUGCAUAUAAUAUCUCAGCUAAAAGUAUAGUAAUAAAAGAAGUUUAAACUUCUAUAACUGUUUGCGUUCUGCAUUUCCUUAAUCAUAAGAAUGGAAAUUUCCCUUUUAUCCAGUUGUCUAGCCAGCUGUACAGUGUUUUUUUUUUUUUUUUUUUUUUCAAAUUUAGUGUUCUUUUGAAAUUAACAAUAUUGUCUAUAAGCUUUUUCCUGUAGAUAUUGUAAAGAUGUUUGUAUAGAAAAUAAAAAUUAAACCAUG